CUGCGAUGCUGCUCGUGCGACAGAUGAAACGAUUCUUCAGCAGCGAUUUGCGGAAUUUAAAACCCUUCGAUGAAAUUCCUGGGCCAAAAUCAUUGCCGGUGAUCGGGACUCUGUAUCAGUACUUACCUUAUAUCGGGAGAUACAAAUACGAGAAACUCCAUGUAAAUGGGGCAAUGAAAAUGGCCCGUUACGGUUCCUUGGUUCGCGAAGAGGUCGUACCAGGGGUCAACGUACUAUGGGUAUUUCGCCCCGAGGAUAUAGCCGAGAUUUUCCGUAUGGAAAGUCGGGAGCGAGGGUCACAUCCAGAAAGAAGGAGUCACCUCGCUCUACAAAAGUACAGACUCGACAGAUCGGCUGUUUAUAAUACCGGUGGUCUUCUGCCCACGAACGGACCAGACUGGUGGCGAAUCCGAAAGGAAUUUCAAAAAGGUUUGAGCCGACCUCAGAGCGUUCGUUGUUACUUGGAAGAAACGGAUAACGUGGUCAAAGAAUUCAUCAAACUUAGUGUCCAAGCCGAUCACGACGACUUUCUUCCUCUACUGGCAAGAUUGUAUCUAGAGUUGACCUGUCUGGUAGCCUUUGACGUUAGAUUGAACAGUCUUUCCCCGGAUGAAAUGCGGAGCGAUUCGAGAAGCUCAAAAUUGAUAAAGGCGGCGAAGACGACGAACAGCGCAAUUUUGAAACUUGAUAAUGGACCAAGAAUAUGGAGAUAUUUCGACACACCUCUGUAUAAAAAAUUCUGCAACGCGCAGAGCUACAUGGAAGAAGUUGCAGUAGACUUGGUGACCCAAAAAAUUCACUCCAUGAGAACGAAGGGGAUAAGUAAUCCAGGUUCUCUGUUAGAAAUGUACUUAAGCAAUCCGAUGUUGAAUGAAAAAGACGUAAUGGGAAUGGCCUGUGACAUGCUCCUGGCCGGGAUAGAUACCACGACGAAUAGCACCUCAUUCGCUCUCUAUCAUCUUGGAAAAUCUGUCGAUGCUCAGGAAAAAUUACACAGAGAAGCUCUUUCCUUACUGUCAUCGAGUGAUGAUAAAAUUACGGAUGCCAUUUUAAAUAAAGCGUCGUACACCAAAGCCGUGCUCAAAGAAACUUUCAGGUUGAACCCAAUUUCCGUUGGAGUUGGAAGAAUUUUACAAACAGAUGCAAUUUUGAGUGGGUAUCAUAUUCCCAAGGGUACUGUAAUUGUAACGCAGAACCAAGUGAUAUGUAGACGCGAUGAACAUUUCGAUGACCCGAAUGAAUUUAAACCUGAAAGGUGGAUUAGAGGAAGCGACGCCGCUCCGACCACACCUUACAAUCCUUUUUUGGUACUUCCGUUUGGUCACGGCGCGAGAUCUUGUAUCGCGAGACGUUUAGCCGAACAAAAUAUGCAGAUAGUCAUGCUAAGAAUCUGCCGAGAUCUGAAAUUCACCUGGAAGGAAAAAGAUCUGGAUUGUGUUUCGCUGCUGAUCAACGUACCCGAUGCGCCGAUAAAAAUAAAUUUUCGUUCCAGAAAUAAGCAGGAGAAUAGCUGUUGAUAAAAAUUCU